AUGGACAACAGAAGAGCGGCAGACUUGCGCGCGCGCACAGGCACAGGGAGGAACGAUGCAAGAAGACGUAACCAUCCCUCGCCCUCGCUUUCCUUCACCCGGGUCCCACGCUUCCUCUGUCCAUCGCCCGCGUCGUCGCCUUCGCUUCCGCAGCCCAUCGCAUUCGCGGCCCCAUCCCGUCGCCUUCGCUUCCCCCGCCCGUCGCCGCCUUCGCUUUCGGAUGACCGUUGCCUUCUCUUAUCCCGCCCGUCGCCUUCGCUUCUCCCCCCCGUCGCCUUCGAUUUCCCCGCGCGUCGCCUUCGCUUCCCCCGCGCGGAGCCUUCGCUUCCCCCGCGCGGAGCCUUCGCUUCCCCUGCGCGGAGCCUUCGCUUCCCCCGCACGGAGCCUUCGCUUCCCCCGCGCGGAGCCUUCGCUUCCCCGCGCGGAGCCUUCGCUUCCCCCGCACGGAGCUUGGGGAGGGAGGAGCGGGCAGUGAUGCUGGGCAGCUUCCCCGAGGACGAGGCGCGUCUGGGGGGGGACAGGCGGGGGAGGGAGGGGGAGAGGGAGGGCACGCGGGAGGGGGCCGGGGAGUGUUGGAGCGGAGUGAGAGCUACGACUCUCUGCUGUCAGACAUCAGCCGCGUCAGCUCCCUCGCUGAGAGGCGGAGGAGGAGGCGGAGGGGGAGGGGGAGGGGGAGUGGGAGGCGCGCUAGCCAUGCCCUUGCUCGUGGGCAUGGGCACGGGUGGCGGUGGUGCGAUGGAGGGUGCCUCGGGAGCGUACUGGGCGACGGAGGGGAGCAGCAGCAUGGGCGCCGGUGGUGCGUCGUCGGGUGCGUUCCUUGCAGUGCAAGGCAUGGGGGGCAGCAGCAGCCCCAUGGGUGGUCAGCAGCAGGGGGGGAUUUCCAGCAGCACGGGAGGGUAA